AUGAAGAAGGCGACAUCUCGAGUUAUUGCUGCUUUCUUUAAAGCACAAUUUAGCGAUCCAUCUAAAGCCCCAGUACCAAUGGACCUGCAGCAAUUGGUCCUCGAGGACCUAAAGGUAAAUGCAUCAUACAAUAAGUGUCGUAGGGCUAGGGAAAAAGCUACAGAGGAUUUGUUUGGCUCUGAUGAAGAUUCAUAUGAUCAACUGGCUGAAUAUUUGCAUCUUUUGAAGCUCGCAAAUCUCAGUACUAUAACAAAUAUCAAAACAGAAAUUGAGGAAGAUGGUAGUAAAAGGUUCUUGUACACGUUUUUGGCGUUUGGGACAUCAAACCAAGGCUUCAGUAAGCUGAGACGUGUUCUUGUUAUGGACGGGACGCAUCUAACUGGUAAGUACAAAGGAGUGCUGUUGACAGCAAGUGGCCAAGAUGGUAACUUUCAAUUAUUCCCUCUAGCGUUUGCUGUUGUAGAUAGCGAGAAUGAUGAUGCGUGGACUUGGUUCUUUGAAAAGCUUGAACGGAUAAUCGCAGACAGCAAUACCCUGACCAUCAUUUCUGAUAGGUGUCAGUCCAUUUACGUUGCUAAAAAGAGGGUUUUUCCCCUUGCUUAUCAUGCAGCUUGUAUUUUCCACUUGGCGAGGAAUGUCAAUGCCAAAUUUCACAACAAAAGUCUUGCAAAACUGGUCACUAAUGCUGCAUAUGCCUUCACAGUUGGCUCUUUCCAGACGAUGUAUGGACAAAUUAGAGGAAAAAACCUCGAAUGUGCUAAAUGGCUUGACAAAAUCGGAGCUGUUCAUUGGUCACGCGCAUAUUUUCAGGGAGACCGUUACAAUCUGAUGACUAGCAACAUAGCUGAAACGUUGAACAAAGCAUUAUGGAAGGGUUGGGCGUUACCAAUAGUGGAGUUGCUUAAGUUUAUUAGGGCUAUGUUAACACGCUGGUUCAGUGCAAGGAGGAAAAAGUCUGCCAUACACAACGGGUUGGUAACUCCGGAGGUUGAUAAACAGAUGACAAAGAACAUGUCACUAGUUAACGGAAGCAAGGUUGCAACUGUUUCAAGUUGGAGUUAUGAAAUUGUGGGGCUGUUCAACGUGAAGCACCAUGUCCUUCUGGAUUUGAAAAAAUGCACCUGCAAACAUUACGAUCGAGUAAAGAUCCCUUAUGGAAACACAAUGUUGGCUGCCAACUACCAAGGUAUUCCACCAACAACACUAGUAGACGAGUACUAUAAGACGUCUACAUAG